UAAAGCGGCACCCGCUCCGUUCGCAUACUUGCCGAUCCUCCGCCUCCGAUCUUGGGAUACUUCAAGCUUCUUCCACCUCCCCACCCAAAUGAUCGAUCACAUACUGUCUGUCCCCAUGGCGCCAGCAUGAACACCAGACAGCCGAUUGACGAGUCCACCGGACCGUACUCUCUUUCUGCCACCUUCAACGAUGACAACACUUGUUUUACCGUGGGUCUGGACACGGGCUUUUGUGUCUUCAACGCCAAUCCAUGUGAACUCAAAGUGUCCAGAGACUUCAGCGCGGGCAUCGGCGUAGCCGUCAUGCUCGGCCAGUCCAACUACCUCGCCAUCGUAGGCGGAGGGAAACAACCCAAAUUCCCCCAGAACAAGCUCGUCAUCUGGGAUGACGCAAAGCACAAAGCAGUCAUCACCCUCGAAUUCCGCACCUCCGUCCUGGGCGUCCGCUUGUCCAAAUCACGCAUCGUCGUCGCCUUACUCAACAGCAUCCAGAUCUUCGCCUUUUCGAGCCCCCCGCAGAAGCUAUCCACGUUCGAAACCGCAGACAACCCCAUGGGUCUAGCCUGUCUAGGCCAGGAGGUGCUGGCAUUUCCCGGUCGGUCCCCGGGGCAGGUCCAGCUGGUGGAACUGAAAACCGGGAACGUCAGCAUCAUCCCCGCGCACAGUUCUCCGUUGCGCGCCAUGACGUUGAGCCCGGAUGGGGAGGUAUUGGCCACGGCGAGCGAAGCGGGUACUCUCAUACGGGUCUUUGCUACGGCGAACUGUACGAAAAUGGCAGAACUACGACGCGGCGUGGAUCACGCCGUGAUAUUCUCCCUUGGCAUCUCACCAUCUAGCAACCUACUAGCGGUGACAUCAGACAAGUCGACGUUGCACGUCUUCGACCUCCCCCACCCGCAUAACUCUCCCCCACGCAGCCAGCGAUCCGCGUCGCCCCCCGAGGACGCAUCCAACCAGAAGUGGGGUAUCUUGGGCAAAAUUCCGCUUCUUCCCCGCGUCUUCUCGGACGUUUACUCCUUUGCCAAUGUGCACUUUGAGAUUGGCGACGAGGCCCCGCCCGGGUCGCUGCAUGUCCCACCGCUUGGCACGUCGUUUGGGCGACCCUUGAAGGGCAUCAUCGGCUGGCCCGACGAUCGCACCAUUCUCGUUCUCAGCUCAGGGAGGGAGGGCCGAUGGGAGAGGUUUGUCAUUUGGGAGGGAGAGGAAGGAAAGCGACACUGUGUCAGAGAGGGGUGGAAACGAUAUCUGAGCAGCUAGAUUGCCUGGCUCUCGCGGUGAUGCCGUCAGCAAAUUGAUUCGAAUGCUAUCUAUGGAUCUGUGUCUGUCCUUCUGUGGGGGUAUGCGGAGGAUAUGGCCACAGGAUGUGCAAAGCACCGGAACCUCUCGAAGCCUGCCACAAUACACCCUGACAGGACAGGGGCAGUCGCGACUCGUGUU